AUGGCAGAAACCACCAAGUUUCAUCCUGCUUUGGCUGUCAACAAUAUCAAAAACUUCAUCCCAGUCACUCUUGACAUGGAAAGCUCACAAUACAAUUAUUGGGCCACGUUAUUCAAGAUUCACGUAAGGGCCUAUCAAGUCCUUGACCACAUCAUUCCGCCGACUUCAACAGCCACAGGGAAGAAGACAUCCUCGUCCAAGGAUGCAAAAACCGAGGACAAAGACCUUUGGGAUUAUCUAGACGUCAUUGUCCUUCAAUGGAUUUAUGGUACGAUUACUAACGACGUUCUCCUUACCAUUCUUGAACAAGAUGCCACGGCCAUGGAUGCUUGGAACCGCUUAGUCAAUUUGUUCCAUGACAAUAAAACCUCUAGAGCCGUCCAUCUUGAGUACCAACUCUCUCAGGUUCGACUUGAUGAUUUUCCUUACGUGGUAGCCUAUUGUCAACGUAUCAAGACACUUGCCGAUCAACUCGGGAAUGUCGGGGUACCGGUUUUAGAUGCACGGAGAGUGCUUGUGCUUUGUUCGGGUCUCAAUAGUACUUAUCGUGGGGUUGGCAGGCUCAUCCAACAUAGCAAACCUCUCAAAUCCUUCUCUGAUGCACGUUCUACCUUAGUGAUGGAGGAAGACACCCUCAACAAUAGCGCUGCCCGGGAAUAUGAUUCUGCUCUUAUUGUAGGUACUCACACCAACUCAUCUAAUGAUACUUCCAAUACCGUGCACCCUCCUCGCCACAACAACAAUCACCACCGCAACAAUCAUCACAAAAAGAACGGAGGUCGCGGUCGUGGAAAUCAUAAUGGUCACGACUAUAAAGGUCAUGGAGGAGGUCAUGGUAACACUCAUGGGGGACGUGGCAGUGCUCCGCAGCAGCAGCACCAAUCAUCUCCAUGA